CGAACCGUUCUGCACCGCUGCUCUCCUCCUCACGCCCCGGGGACAUGGAGGGAGCGGAGGCACCUCGGGAGCCCGAGCCCGAGUGCGCCGUGUGCCGCUCGCCGUGCCCGGACGCCGGCCGCCUCUGCUCCAAGUGCGGCCGCUACUUCGGCACCGAGCUGCGGACGGAGGUGGAAUGCCCCCGCGGUCACAGCGACCCGGGAACCCCGGUCGGAGCCGAGGCGCCGUCCGCCCCCGAAGCCCAGCUCCCCACCGCCGGUGGGCAGCCGCGGGAGGCGGACGGAGACCGGGGGCUGUGCAGCGAGCACGGGCGGCCGCUGCAGUUCUACUGCGAGGAGGACGGCGAGUGUGUGUGCGGCCCCUGUACCGCCACGGGCAGGCACACGGUCCACACCCUGGUCAGUCUGGAGACGGCGCGGGCGAACAUCAAGGAAAAGCUGAAGAAAGAAGUUGAAAAUCUGCGGAUAAUCCAACAAAAUUGUCACUUCAAGCAGCAAGACGUGGCGCUAUCAGAAUCCGACGUGAAGACACAGGUCGGUCAGCUGAAGGGGAACCUGUCGAAGAAGUUCGUGGAGUGGAGGAGGAGCCUGGAGGCGGACGAGGAAUGUGCGCUGAAGGCUAUCGACCAGGAGGGGGAGAAGGUGUUGGCCGAGAGCAGCAAGAGUUUUGAGGAGCUGAUGGAGCGGAUGGAUCGCAUCAGGCUCAUCGACGACGAGACCCGCAGUCUGGUACAGAGCGGUCCCCUGCCGUUCAUCCAGGGCUCCAGUCAGCUCCUCCUGAAAAUCGCAGCAGAACAGAAGAAAGUGGUGCCCGACGUCCCGAAGCUUGUCCUGAAUCUGUACAGUGCGCCAGAGGCCAUCAGGAAAAGGCUGAGAAGUUCUUUCACGUACCACUCAGCCAUCCUGGGAACAACAGAUCAGUGGUCUUCGCUGACCCUGGACCCAGACUCUGCCUACUGGCUCCUAAAUGUGUCCGAAGAUGAGAAGACGGUGAUGUUUGGUUACAUGGGAGAGAACUCCUGGCACAACUCUAAGAUGUUCGAGAACAUGCACCAGAUCCUUUGCGCGCAAAGCUUCACGGCCGGCUGCCACUCCUGGGACCUGAAGACGGGCGGUGUUGCCUGGGGCGUGGGGGUGGCUUACGGGAGUAUCGACCGGGGCGGCCUGCAGUCCCACUUCACCAACAGCGCCAAGUCAUGGUGCCUGUACUUCUACCGCGGCGCCCUGACCGCCUGCCACAGGAACCAGCAGACCUACCUGCGCGAAUUCCCCGCCGUCAGCCGGAUCCGCGUCCAGCUGGACUAUGAGGGGGGGACCGUGUCCUUUUACCAGGUCGGUGACUGCCCACGGCACCUCUACACCUUCCAGACCACCUUCACGGAACCUGUGUUCCCGGCCUUCUCCUGUUCCGGCAACUCCUCCCUCAAGCUGUUGUGCUGAAGGACACACCCAGGGGUUCAGCAACUGAGCCCCUCGGGCUGGCUCUGCUCUCUCACCCAGUGAAGAAGCCACUGUUCACCCGUUUUCUGUAGUACGUUAAGUUCUGCUUUUAUACCACGAGACCAAGGAGCAGAAUUAGGCCAUUUGGCCCAUCAAGUCUGCUCUUCCGUUCCAUAUGGUUGAUUAAUUAUUCCUCAACCCCAUUCUCCCUCCUUUUCCCCGUAACCUUCAGUGCACUGACUAAUCAAGAACCUAUCACCCUCCACUUUAAAUGUACCCAGUGACUCGGCCUCCUCAUCCGUCUGGGUUUAAUUCACAACUCUUUCCUCAAUGAAUUUUCUCAACUCAAAUCUCAAUGAAUUUUCAGGUCGUGGUCUGCUGUGUUCAAAUUUAAGACCCUUUAGAUUCAACUAAACCACUUAAGACACAAAACAUUACAGCACAGUAAAAGGCCAUUCUGCCCAUAAUGUUGUGCUGACCUUCUAACCUACUGUAAGACCAACCUAUCCCUUCCCUCUCCCGAGCUCUGCAUUUUUCUAUUAUCCCUAAAUGUCUCUCAAAGUCUAUCUGCACCAUCACUGUUGUGAUACCGGAGCACCUGGAGAAAACCAUGUUUUCCAUGGGGAGGACGUACAAAUGGAGCUGGAGUGAACCGCGAACUCCGAACACUCAGAGCGCUGACAGCUACACUACUGUAGUGGCCUCCAACCACAUUAAAGACUCCAUCACUCUCUCCUCUAAACGAACCUCAAUUACCAACCCGGUUAACCCUUUCUCAACCCUGGGUCUAACACCCUGGUGUAGGUCGUCACUCAUGACGCCAGUCCGUUGUGGCCCUCUUCUCCCGGUGCCAAACAGGAUGCUGGUGACCUCGGUGGGUCAGGUGGCAUCUGUGGAAAGAGAUAGAUGGUCGAUGUUUGGGGCAAGACCAGAUUCCAGCAUCUCGGGUCUCAUCGGUUCCUCAUUGAGGUGGGGGACAGAUUUAGAGGGGACCUUUUCCACACCGAGGGUGGUGGGCAUUCAAGUGAGAAUGUAACAGAACAGGCCAUUCAGCCCACAGUGUUGUGCCCAACCAAUUAAUGAUCAAAUGGCUAACUAAACUAAUCCCUUCUGCCUACACAUGUCCAUAUCCCUCACAUUCAUGUGCCUAUCUAAACGUCUCUGAUGUCUCUGUCUCUACCACCACCCCAGGCAACACAUUCCAGACACCCACCACUCUAAAAAUACUUGCCCCUCACAUCUCCUUUCAACUUGCCCUCCCUCUCUCCUUAAAUGCACGCCCUCCCGUAUUAGAUAUUUCAACCCUGGGGAAAAAAGAUACUGCCUGUCUAUCUAUGCCUCUCAUAAUGGUAUAAACCUCUAUCAGGUCUCCCCUCAGCCUCUGACGCACCAGAGAAAACACCCAACUUUGUCCAACCUCUCGUUCCAGCAGACGCCCUCUAAUCCUGGCACCAUCCUGGUAAACUCCUUCUGCACCCUCUCCAAAGCCUCGACGUUAUUCCUAUAAUGGGGUGACCAGAACUGUAUGCAAUACUGCAGAGCUUCAUAAACCUGCAACAUUAAGUAACAGAUACAGCUCAACCCAUCUGUGCUCUGCAGCUUUGGAACCAGCAGGAGCUGUGGCUCCCCACCCUGAGUUACAAUCCUGCGUCUCUCCUCAUCCUAUUCUUUGGUAUCAGGGCCAGCUCACUUCCUUAUCCCCAAUCCUUCUAAAAUAUCCCAGGAUAUCUCAUUGCCCACCUUAUUCACGUGGUAUCCAGGGUUGGCGUUAGAGCGACGAGACUCUCCCGUUCAUUCUUUCUAGCUGGACACAGGCAGCAUUUCUAACCGGAGCAACACUCACAAAAUGGAGGAACUUAGCAGGCCAGGCACUGUCAACCGAGGGGAAUGAACUGUCGAUGAAGAGUCUUGGCCCGAAACAUCAGACUGGAAAAGGGGAAGAAGCCAGAAUAAGGUGGGGAGGGGAGGGAGAACAAGCUGACAGACGAUAGGUGGGUGGGGGAGAGGAGACAAAGUAAGCUGGGAAGGGACAGGUGAACGGUCCUGAAUAAGAGUCUUGGCCCGAGAUGGCAACUGUGUAUUCCUCUCCGUAGAGGCUGCCUGACUUGCUGAGUUCCUCCAGCAAUUCCUAAACUGCUAAUGGAAGACUCUUUGAACAGGUCAAAGGAUUGAGUAUUCGAAAAUGUAUUCUAAGUAAAGCUGAACUCCUGCCUUGUUUUGUCAAAUUUCUUCACUAAAUAAACAAA